UGACCAUCAAGUUCUACAACUAUUUACACAUCUAUACAUUGCGAAUUGCCCCAAGCGCCAAAUAGGAUACUGCAAGACUCACACACAAUGUCCUCCACCACAUUUGCCUCCGAAGCCACCACCUUCGAAUCGGCCCUAACCAGCCUCUUCAGCGGCCCUCCUGAGACUACCGAAGCCGAUCUGGCCAAGCUCUUCACACCUACUUUCACACAACGUGACGAUGAGACAACGCGCGACUUCCCCGCCUUUGUUGCACACAUUAAGUGGCUGCGAGGAGUUCUUCCACCAGGAAGUGUGACGCUCAAGAUUACGCAGUUCCUGCGCGACGGGAAUCAAUUUGCGGAUAGACACAGCUCUACCAUGACGAUGCCAGAUGGAAAAGUGGGCGCCGCAGAGACGUUUAUGUUCGGGGAGGUGGCGGAGGAUGGGCGGAUCGAGUGGGUGGUGGAGACAGUGAAGCGGAAGUAGUGGAAG